AUGACACCAGGCUAUCACAAACCGGUGAAAGAAAACACACAUGUCUUCCAAAACAAUAAAACGCGAGAAGAACAAGAUGAGAAAUCAGAUGACGCAACUGAAAAAGAGAACAAAAAGCAUGAUGAAAAAACAAAGAGGGACAAAUCGCACGAUGACGAAGAAACAAAGAGAGACAAAACAAAGGAGCGAGAUGGUGAUAAACAUCAAUCAAGGAGUUCAAGGGAAAGGAGAAGAAGUAGCGAACGUGAGCGAUCGCACAAACGCGAG